GGCACCCAUGGACCUAAGUAGGCCAGCGCUAGGGAACUGAGGGUUAGGGAGCAUCCAUCAUAUCCAUCAUCCGUAUAUAGACUUACACAAUAUCUUCCAACUGAAUUUCCUAUGCCUGUAUGAUUUUUUAGCAACGGCGCCUCCUCGAAGGCCGUCUCAAGGAUACCACAAUGUUUUCGUAUAUAGUAGCAGGAAUUGCGAUUUUCCUAUUUGCAUAUAACCCAAUUAUAGAAUAUCUCUCACCGCAACCAUCUCGUCUUCCACGGACUCCUCGGCCACGCAUCAAUGAAUCGUUACUUGCUAUUGACACAACAAACCAGACAGCCCCGGAUUGUCCCCAGGACUCAUAUUCUGUGCAUAUACUCUCAAAAGCGCCAAUUGUGAUUUAUAUCGAGAAUUUUCUUUCGGAAGAGGAGCGAUCUCACUUACUAGAAAUUAGCGAACCUCUAUUCGAACCAUCAACCGUAACACACGACGGCGACGCGACACACCGCGACACCACGAUUCGCGACUCGGAAGUCGCGUUGAUACCGCGCACGGAUACAGUGCGAUGUAUCGAAAACCGCGCGAAGGCUAUCCAGGGCUGGAGGGAUGAUCUAUGGAUCGAAAGGCUAAGGACUCAGCGAUAUGGGAUUAAGCAGCAUUACUCGCACCACUUUGAUUGGGGCUCCGGGGCAAGAGGAUGGGGCCGUGUUAGUAGUUUUAUGGUUUGGGUUGAGAGUAGGGAUGUUGUGGGUGGAGGGACGGAGUUCCCGUUGCUGAGGAGGGAGGCGCCUGGGCGGUUUUGGUGUCGGUGGGUUGAGUGUGGUGAUCAGGAUGGGGAUGGAGGAGGGAAUACGGGGGUUACGUUUAAACCUGUCGCGGGUAAUGCGGUGUAUUGGGAGAACUUCCGUCCUGAUGGUACGGGAAGGGGUUGGGAUGAGACGUGGCAUGCGGGCUUGCCAGUGGAGAAGGGGACGAAGGUUGGUCUGAAUAUUUGGAGUUGGGGAAGACUGAAUUAGAAUGGCAACAUUUGUUGAUAACUCUUCGGAAGUGUUUCAUCCACACAAAUGUUCACCCGAUGCCCAUAUAUCUUCAAGGAAAUAGGUCAUAUGGUGCCCUAUAUCAGUAUCAGUCAGAAGCCAUACAGAAUAUAUCAUUGGUCAGCGACAGUAUCAAUACGCAUCAUCGGGACAGAGACGGACAUGUUUCGGUCGGAUCUGAAUUGAAUUUCAGGUACCGGACAAACCCAAUCUUAUUUUAAUAUCGGUGAAGCAGUGUCACGGAAAAAGCCUGUUAGGACUGGAACCAAUUAGAAGCUCAACGGACCCCCACACGUCCUAUAACAGGGAACCGAUGUCGCCAUUUCGUGACAGAAUUGCAACACCGCCAUAUUAACA